GUCCCUUCUGACAACCUUCUGGAAGAAGCAUUUUAACAAACCAUUUUGUCUUCCAUGUGAACCUGACUUUACCAAAAAGUUUUUGCAUUGCUAUUUUUAGAAACUCUCUGAUAAAUUUAUAGUAAUUCAAAACUGAAGAAAAGUAAAAUAUGACAGCAGCAUUGAGCAAUUAUUUUCAAAGUCUUCUUUCCACUGUGGAUGGUGCCUUAGCAUUUUUAAUCACCGAUCGAAGUGGUGUCCCUAUUGUAAAAGUAUUAUCAGGAAAAUGUCCAGAAUCUGCAACAAGGGGAAGUUUUCUUUCAACAUUUGCUACAGCUACAGAGCAAGCCAGCAAAUUAGGACUAUCCAACAAUAAAAGAAUGAUAUGCAUGUAUCCAUCAUACCAGGUAGUAAUGUUUAACUACGUUCCACUCGUAGUGACAAUUAUUGGAUCAUCAUCCACAAAUACAGGUCUUCUCUUGGAAAUGGAAUCGGAUUUUGUAGAUGUUAUCGAUAAGUUAAAGUCAAGUGUCGUAUCAAAAAAUCAAUAGCGAAUAAAACAUGUACUGUUUGUAUCUACUUAUUGUACUUAUUUGUAUCUACUAAUCUAGUGUUUGUAUCUACUUAUUAAAUGCUAGUUUUUUCGCGAUUAUAAUAUUUUCGUCAACACAUAAAAUUUAUAUUUCGAGAAUAAAUUUAACGUAUAAUAAGUUUUACCAACAUGCUUUUAUAGAAUUUUCAUUUUUUCGAAUUAUGCGUUUUCGAAUCAUAUGAAUUCACUGUACAAAUAUAAUUUUAAAUUUCCAAUCACAACCCUGUCAAAAUUACCAUCCAUUUUUCCAAACGUUAAAGAACUUGGGAAGGAACCAGAAAGCUUAAUCGAUCAUCGGUAAUAAUAAAUGAAAAAUGUUUGUAUUAAUAAAUUUAUGUAAAAAUGUUUCUUAUACCUCUGUUUGAUUUUUAUCCACUGUUUCCACAUUUAUCGUUGAAGAGAUAUUUUUUCUGC